AAGCAAUCCAGUACGAAAACAAGCACCGUGUGCCGCUAGCUUAACUUAUUGCACUAGUUCAGCAGUGCAGCUAAAAAUAACAGACCAAAUAGGUCUGUUUUUUAUCACUGAACUAGUGUACACUCAGGGAACAUAGAAAGAAAUAGAUAUACAAUACAUCUAGAAGUUGAGUGAAAGGGAGAGAAGAGAAUAAGUGCAAGUUAGUGCAGCCAGUUCAGCAAUAAAAAACAAACCUAUUAGCACAGCUCAGCCAAUCGCAAGGUUAGCUUACGCGGAUGGUUUACGCAGGAAACGUUCUGCUGCAACGGCUGCCAUAUUGUUGGAUACACUUUGAAUUGGAACGGUCGCUUUCAAAACAUGGAUCGUAAAGAAUUCAAUGAGAUUCUCAGCGAGUUUGUUGAACGACGAGCGGAAUCAGCAGUACCCAGCACGAGCGGUAUGAUGGACUUUGGGAGCAUCGAUCUCGCCAACGAACUUAAUCAGAUAGAGCGAAACAUUAACUGUUACAAGUCAAAAUUGAAAAACUGUCGCGACAAAUACGAAAAUGUGAAGAUGGAGAUUUGCGACGUGCAGCAGCAUCGGUACAAAGCGUUGUUCGAGUUGAAUAACACGCGAAUGGAAGAGCAGAUUCUGCGGGGGCGUUUGGAGAAAAUACAUUUGAGUCAUGAGACGUGCGUGGAGAAGACAGGCGGUUACGAAAAUCUCGACGAGAGGAUCCAGGCGAUAAUCAACGACGUGACGACGCAGAGAAACACGUUGAUGCAGGAAUUGAUACAAUUGAGAAAAAACGCUGACGAUAACGACAGAAAACUCGCCCAGGUGAAAGCUAUGAUCACAGAACAAGAAGAAAAGAACGCAACUUUGCUACAAGAACUGACGAAAAAGUUUGAGAACACCGCGUUCAUCUCGGAAGAUACACGAAAACGAAUAAAUGCUCUUCUGGAACACUCGAAGAUAGACGAAAGGAGCAACACAAUCACGAAUGAUACAACAUAG